AUUGGAAGACUUUCAAUUACAUCAGCUUUUCCGCUGUCCAAUUCCUGCUGAUUACAUUCCGAAAAGUCAUGGGGCGGAGCUUAAGAACAGCUGUGUAGUGUUAACUAGAGCACAGAGUGUAAACGUUUGUGAAUAACUUACUGCAUGACUUUCUAAGAUGAGUAAACAAGGUCCUCCUCCAGCUGCCCCUCCUUCUUACAUGGAAGCAGUGGGUGGUGUUAAUCCAUCAAGCCCCUUUACUCCUCAUCAAAAUGUAACCAACCAGCAGCCUAUUAUUGUGACAACCGUGAUACCUGUUGGACCCGGAACAACACACACUGUCUGUCCACAUUGCCAUGCUGAAAUUGACACUUCUGUGCGUACUGAACCUGGUCUGAUUGCCUGGCUUUCUGGAGGUCUUUUAGUUCUAUUUGGAUGUUGGUUGGGCUGUUGCCUUAUCCCCUGCUGUAUUCCUGAGUGCAUGAAUGUUCAUCAUGCUUGUCCAAAUUGCAAAGCAUACUUGGGGAGAUACAGCCACUUUUAAGCUAAUGUUCUUACUAUGAAGAGGCAAUUGGUUCUUUCUGUGUGUUAAAUUUCAUAUUCAUUUUUGGCAAAUUUGGUUGUUGCAUCUUGUAUGCCAAAAUUUACCUUUUUCCUAAUUACACGAAGCUUUUCAAUUUCAAAA